AUGGCAAAAAGGCUUCGGGUCACCAGCCCAGAUGGAGAUCAGAGGAUGGUCUCUGUGCAGGAUACAACGACUGUCAAAAAAAUUAUGCAGCAGUCUGACGAAGAUGGUGUUGUUCGAGAUCGCGAAGCGACUUUGAUUCAUGGAGUGACUGUGCUUGAGCCCGAUAUGACCGUGGGAGAAGCUGGUUUGGAAGAUGGAGCUGAAAUUUCCCUGGUUUGGUCCGACCCAUUUGUUGAGAUGGCCAGCUGGACAGGUGACAAAACGGAUCAGCCUCUUUAUGUGCGGAUUCCACCUGGGACCACAAGCAUUGAUGAAGAGGCAUUUUGUCGUUGCAAGGACUUGGUGAAAGUGGUGAUUCCCGAUACUGUGACAAGCAUUGAAGACAGGGCCUUUCAUGGCUGCAGCUCCCUGCAACACAUCAACAUCCCCAAUUCUGUGACCAGAAUUGGACCUGGCGCCUUCUCUCAAAGCUCCCUGACAGAAGUAGAAAUCCCCAACUCAGUGACCAGCAUUGCGGACGGGGCAUUUCAUGUGUGCAGGUCGCUCAAGCAGGUGGGACUCUCUACUUCUAUGAAGAGGAUUGAAUUCAUGACCUUUGCAGGCUGCAGUUCCCUGACGCAAGUCGACGUUCCCGACUCUGUGAACAUCAUUGGGCCUAGUGCAUUUAGUGGCUGCAGUUCCUUGACACAGGUCAAAAUCCCCAACUCCGUGACCUGCAUUUUAGGCAUGGCCUUUCAUGGCUGUAGCGCGUUGACGCGAGUAGAAAUUCCCAACUCAAUGACCACCAUUGGAGACCGAGCCUUUCAUGGCUGCAGUUCCCUGGCAGAGGUGGAAAUUCCCGAAUCUGUGACCACCAUGGGGAACGAUGUCUUUGAAGGUUGCAGCCCUUCGCUCGUGGCUGGCAGAAAGCCUGAGGUUUAG